AUGGCACCCGCCCAGCCCAGCCCAGCGCGGCCCCGCUCCAGGGCCGUGGCGCACGGGGCCCUGCGCAUGCGCGGCGGGCGGGGCCGGACCAUGGGCAGGCGGCGAGCGGGGCCCAGCGUGGCCCGGGAGAUUGAUGGACUGGAGGAGAAGCUGGCACGCUGCAGACAGAGCAUGGAAGAGGUGGACCUGAAGCUGCGCAGGGAGAAGCUCAGCCCCGAAGGAAGAAAGUCACUGGAGAGAGAGCGAAACUUACUAAUGACCAAAGCUGACAACUAUGAGAAAGAACUGAGUGUGCUUCGUAAGGAAAAUCGCAAGAAUGCUGCCCUUGCUGUGGCCAUGGCAUUGCUGAUUGCUCUUAUUUACGCCUGCUGGACAAUGUGAUUGCACUCAAGAAUUCUCCCCGCUGAACAAAUGACUCCUGCAAGGAGCUCUUCCUCCUCUCACCAUUGUGCCUCCCCCAAGGGUGAGGAUCAGCAUUUCAAAUUACUGUUCUUGUUUAUUGUCUCCAAGCCUUGUUGUAGGGAAGAUUUUUCUCUGCAAAUUGAGGAGGACAGGAGACAAACCAGAAAUCACAGCACGCUUGCACUUGGAAAUCAGGUCAAGCAGAGCUCAAGGUGGUGCCAUCUUAGCCAAAACACAGUCAGGACCAUGCAGCCUGAUCCAGGAAGGCAAUACAUUCUCCCUUUUGAAGAGGACCUUUGUGAUUACAAACAGGUGCUUUCUGCCCAGCCCAGGUGGCAUACACAUCCUGGCUCCUGUGACACAGUCACAAACUGAAGAGACCAAGCUCUUGAUGCUAAGGGUAAUCUGUAGGUGUUGCAAUUCUGUAUAUUCCCAGAGCUGAGCUAAAGAUGCUUCCUCCUCCACCCCGACUUCCAGGACCAAAGGAAUGCUAUAUCCACAAAAGCAGAUGGUAUGUAGGUAUCUCUGCAAGCAGGGAGCAUCCACAUUGAGAUAUGGGUGCUUGGACUGUGAGAUGAUCUGCCUACCUCUCCAGUGCAUCAGAGCUUGGUAGCCAUUUUGUGCCUUUGAGAAUCAGUGUUUGCAGAAGACAAUUUACCAUCAACCCCCAGAGAUGAAAGUGCUUCUGUAAAGCUUUAAAUAAAAUAAUUUGACCUUUUAA